AUGAGUUCCUUCGUUCUCGACAAGUUUGGCAGCAACUGUCGACUGAAAUUUGGAGAAGAAUGUGUUUCUGUGGACUUUGAGGGAAAGCGAAUAACUACGAGCAGUGGUAGGACCAUUCAGUAUGAUUUGUUACUGGCAGCCGAUGGCGUUAACUCCAGAAUUCGAGAAUUUCUUGUUCAAAAGGAACAAGAACUGUUUCAAGAGCAACACUAUCUGGAAGAUAUCCAUUGGAAGGCGCUCCAACUACCGAAACAGCCCGACAUUGAAGCUGGAUCAUUCAAACCGCUCCAACACCCUUCUUUUUCAAGAGGACGAGUUCUUCCAAGAGCUCCAGAGGGGCAUAUCCUACUGCUGUUUUGGAAAGAAGAACACGGAAUUGAGAACCCGGCAGGAGUUGAAACAACAGACGACUUAAAGCAAAUGAUCACAGAAGCUAUGCAUGGCAAGAAUACGCGGGGGACCAAUCCUCUCCGAAAGCUCCUUGGCUUCAAUCGAGGUGACAGUGACCGGAAGCGUGAUUGGAAUGAAGUCUUCGACGAAGCCGCUUUAGAAGAUUUUAUUUCCAAGCGAGCUGGACGAACGCAUCACUUGAAAAUCAAUCAGUAUCAUUUCCAAGAUUCAGUGGCAUUGAUUGGUGAUAGUGCGCAUGCCAUGAACUCAUUACUGGGGCAAGGAUGCGCCGCUGGUCUGCAGAGCACCUAUACGCUUGUGGAAUGUCUCGGUGGUUGUGACGAUCAAACGUUGUCAAUCGAAGAGAGUUUGUUAAAGUACUCACAGCUCGCCACCAGGGAAGCUUACGCCAUAACCGACCUGAACUUGAUUCAUUAUGCCACCAGAGGUCGCAUGGCAAUGCUGAAAGCGUUACCCCUGGCAGUGUGGAAUAAGCUUCGCGGGCGGAGCUUGCGGAAGCAGCUUUCGGAUAUCACUGUUCCUUAUUCACAAAUUGCAGCAGAAAACAAAGGACUGCUGAAAUUGUCUCGGCGAAAUUUUGAAAAGGAACGACGACCAUUUGUGAAUCCAGGGAUAGCAGCAGCAAUUCCCACAAAAAAUGAGCUCGAAUUAAGUCAAUGA